ACCGACUAAUGGUGUAAAUUCUUCGUAGACUGUGUCCUACGUAAAAUUUCGUCUGUAGUCGUCUCUUUUUAUGAUAAUAUUUUUUGUAAUUACUAAAUAAUUCGGUUUAAUACACUUUUUGUCGCGCUUUAAUAUUUCCCUUUAUCUUGUAAAUCAUUCCCUUCAUACCUUAUUGUUUCGUUUAGUUUUGUAAAAUAUUCGCGAAAACUUGUAACCUUAACUAGGUUCUUAAAAUUACAAUUGGUAAUCGAUAAUAAUUGCAUUUGGAGGGUUAUAGCCUUUUUGGUAACGCGUUAAUAUUACUCUUUCUAUUAUUAUAUAGUUUAAAAAAUUAUUUUUUUUUUCUUUUUUCGUUUGGUGGUUUAUUAGUUUUCAAUAAUUUUUUCUUCUACAAAAAUACCGAUCCUUUUUAUAUACAUAUUUAUACUAUAUACAUAAAAGAGGACAAGAAAUUUUUUUUUAUUAUUAUUUAAAAAAAAAUUUUUUUCUUCUUGUAAAUAAUGACAAUCAAAGGCAGACAACUUUUUGUUGGCAAUCUUCCAUAUGUAGUUAGUUGGCAAGAAUUAAAGGAUUUAUUUAGAAAAGCCGGUAGUGUACAACGUGCAAAUAUUAUAUUAAGUCGUGAAGGUCAUUCGAAAGGACAUGGUAUCGUGCUCUAUGCGACAGUUGCAGACGCGCAAAAAGCAAUAUCGGAAUUUGAUGGAUAUGAAUGGCAUGGUAGAAAGUUAGAAGUUAGAGAAGACCGUAGUGCAAUGGAUUAUCCUCCACCUCCACCACGUACAGAGGGUGCUAAUAAUAUUAAUCAAAAUGAGGAAAGUGAUAAAGUUACUUCAAACAAUAUCUUGUCAACGUCGGCGAAUUCAAAUGAUGUAAAUGGCACAUCAUCAAAUCAAACUCUACCAACACCGGUUGAUUAUUCCAUCACAAAAAAUAAUGAAAUACUUAAUGUGAACGGCACAAAUAUUAAUGGGACCACGAAUGGCGUAACAACAUACAACGAAGAAUUUACCAAUAAUUAUUCCAAUCAUAACUCUCAUAACUCUCAUAACUCUCAUAAUUCUCAUAACUCUUCGACUCUACAAAGACAAUUAUUCGUUGGGAAUUUACCUUUUCGUGUACGAUGGCAAGAUUUGAAAGAUCUGUUUAGAGAAGCGGGGACUGUCAUACGUGCAGAUGUUGCAAUGGGAUAUGAUAAUCGAUCUAAAGGCCACGGAACAGUGUUAUUCGCCACCCUCGAAGAAGCAAAAAAUGCGAUCGCUAUGUUUAAUCAAAAGAAUUGGCAAGGUCGAAUCUUGGAAGUGCGAGAAGAUCGAGGUUUCGUUGAUCCAAAUUCCCAUAACAACAUUAACGGUAAUGGCCAUCAUCAUCAUCAUCACCAUCAUCACCAUCAUCCACAAGACCAUUCACGUCGGGUGAUUGAUCCUACGCACCAUAAUCACACACAAAAUCCUUAUGGACCAGGUGGCCCUUUGAUGGGGAUGGGUGGUAUUUUUUAUGGACCUAGAGUUCAAGCACCUCAGCCAAAUUAUGCUGGGAGAUUACUUUUCGUUGGGAAUCUGCCAUUUAAUUGUCAAUGGCAAGACCUAAAAGAUCUUUUCCGUAACGCUGGCAAUAUUAUUCGAGCUGAUGUUUCAACAAAUUUCGAUGGACGAAGUAGAGGUUUUGGUACGGUGCUGUUUGCAACACCUGAGGAUGCCAGAAAUGCUGUCGGGAUGUAUGACGGUUAUGAAUUUCAAGGAAGAACUUUACGUGUUCAUUUUGAUAGAUUUUCAUUACCUUUACCGCCGCAUCAUCAUAAUCCACCACCGCAUCCAGCACAUUUACCACCUCCUGUACAUCCACAUCAUAGGCCACCACUUAUAUCUCAUCACAAUUUCCAUUUAGGUCCACCACCAAUUCCUCAUCAUUUUAUGCCUCCAGCACAUAUGGGGCCUUUUUCUCCACCUCUAACAACUCCUUCAUUGACUAGUCCUCCGUUUCCUGUUUCAUACAAUCCUUUGGCUCAUUUAAAUAAUCAUCCGAAUGCAAAUACUAAUGCUUCUUCACCAUUUCAACCUAUUCAACCUAUUCCAAUUGUUUCUUCAGCUGCUUCUAUACAUGGGAUCGGAACUAAUUCACAACAAACUUCUACUCAGUCAUCACAAAUCAUCCAAGAUCAACCAAUUUCGACGCCAACAACACAAUUUCCAGGAUUUGGUCCAAUCGGAAAAACAAACCAUUCACCUCAAUCAACCGUCACAUCAUCAAUUUCAAAUUUAGGCGCAGUAGGCGCUUUCCCAUCAAAUACAACAAAUGGGAUUGCAAAUCAUAAUGGAAUAAAUGGAACAACAGAUGGCAAUAACAAUAAUUAUGGUUCUGGAAACGAUAAUGCAAUUCAUGGUUUAACUUCGACUUUUGCAAGUUUGCAUCUUAGUCAUCUUGGUCAAGCCCCCCAAUUAUUUUUUCAUCCUCAUCCCCACCAUCGCCAUCCGGUGAUCCCAACGGCUUAUCACCCUCAUCAUCAUCAUCAGGUAGCUGCAGCAGCUGCAGCUCAUCAUCAUCAACAGCAUCAUCACCAUCAACAUUCUCAUGGCCAACAUCCACAUCAUCAUCACCAUCCCGGUGCUAUCGGGAGUGGACUUGUUGGAAUAAAUACUCAUAUUCAUAGUCAAGUAAAUGGAACUUCCGAUUCUUCAGUUUCCGUUACAACAACAUCUGGAUUAGGUUCAAGUUCUACCACGACAGAAGUAACUAAUAACUCGGCUAAUAACAGUAAUAAUUCAACCAACUCUUCUGUUCCAGGUUUAUGGGAUAAUAGUACGUCAACAAUGUUAUCUACUGCAGCAGCAGUAUCAAAUGGAUCAAAUGGGACUGUUAACUCAGGUAGUGUAAUUAGCAUAGGGAUGACUUCAUCAUUGACUGGAAUGGGCGGACUUGAUAACCCAUCUGUGGGUGUAUCCCCUCUGUAUUUGUAAAUUUGUAAAAAAAAAAUUGUGGUUUUGGAUAUUAGAUCGUUGGAUGAUUUUAAAAUUUUAAGAAUAUGGAGAAUUUGGAUGAAAUUUAGAGAUUAAAAUGGUAAUAAUUGGUUAAAUAAUGGUUAAAAUAUGUCUGUUGCAAUUUGACAUCCUUUCUUUUUGUUUUUUCUUUUUGUUUUUUCUUUUUUUUUUCAAGCAAUUUGGUGGUUUUUUAUAGAAUAUAUAUAUAUAUAUUUGGGAACAUUUUUUCUUUACACUGUUUUUUUUCAAAAUUAUAAAAAUUUUUUUACUAACAUUUUCAAAUGCAGUU